AUGAAACGUAUCUUUUCUAAAAAUAAAGAUCGUGUUGAAGAUGGAGGUGGAAAUAACGACAGUUUCUUAACCCCCCCUAGGAUUUUCAGUGGUAAAAAUAGUGGCUCUUCUAGUUCUAGUAGAAAAGCAUCUACCUCUUCAACUACUGACAAUAGUAAUGAAAAAAAAGUAUCAAGACCAAGAUCAGGGUCAUUUGGUAAACUAUUUAGAUCAAUGAGUGAUUCUAAUAAUGAUGCUGACAAUCCCGAGAUACUACAAUCAAGCAAUAACAAAACCGUAUUAUCACCCGAAUUAAUACCGAUCGUUACUUUACUAUCUGCACAAGCCCAUAGAAGAUACAAAGUUGGUACAUUCCUGCUUUUAAAAGAUUUGAAUAACGAUGGGGAAACUUCCGAUAGAGAAUGGAUAGAAUGUUUUGGUGUUUUGAUCGGUACACAAUUGGCUUUGUGGGAGGCUUCUAAGCUGGAUAUACCAAAGCCUAACGACAGUACAAAGAAUAACGAUAAGAGCAAUUCUCGUGAUUCCUUUUUGGCUGAAAGUUUGUUUAAUGCAGCUUCGAGGCCUAAAUAUCUCAAUUUUUCAGAUGCAAAAUUUAAAGUUUUAAACGAAAAGGGCAAUAAGCAAUAUACCUUGGUAGUAAGUACUACUAUGAAAAAUCGGUAUUUCUUGAAAUUUAGUAAUAAGAAAAGUUUUGAUUCGUGGCAUGCUGCUUUUAGAUUAUGUUUAUUUGAGUACAUUUCUUUACAAGAAGGCUAUACCGGUGCAUUUUUGUCUACAAAGGGUUCUAAAUUGAGCGAUAUAGCUGUAAUUUUAGCCGAUACUAAAUUUAACCAUGAAGACUGGGUUAGUGUUAGAUUUGGAUCCGGUACGCCAUGGAGAAGAUGCUAUGCUGUUAUCCAACAGCCUCAAAAAAAAAGUACUAAAAAAAAAAACUAUUAUGGAAAUAUCACUUUUUAUGAAAACGAUAAGAAAUUGAACAAGUCCCACAUUAUAGCUGUGAUCAAUUCCGCAAAAUCAGUAUAUGCUAUUUAUCCAUCUUCGCCGCUAUUAAUUGACAAUUCCACAAUGUUAAAAUUGGAAGGCAAUAUAGCUUUCAAUGUAAAAGAUACAGAUAAAGAUAAAAAAAAGAAGGAUAAGGAAAAAAGUGCCGUUGAAGACGCUGGUGAAAUUUUUAUUAUGCCAGAAUUGCACUCUGCAGUUCCUGGUUAUGAUACUAUUAUUAGAUUUCUAGUACCAUCUUUGAAUGCUUUCCAAUUGUAUGGUAGACCUAAAAGGUUGAUCUCUGAUAAGGAUGAUCCUAACUCCUUGUUAUUUGGACUACCCACUUUGCCCAAAGUUCACUAUUUGGAAGUCAAGGAUGUGUUAUCUGCAGCUAAAUCAAGCGAAAGCGGCCAUUGGAGUAGCUAUGAAUGGAGAGACCAUAUUAAAGAAAUAUUAUUGGAUAAAAUGCAAAGUGGGUAUUCGGGGUGCGGCUCAACUACCGGAUACUCGGGCGCCUUAUCAUCGCCUGGGUUAUCUUCCACAGAACUAUUUUCUUCUAACGCUGUACUUGCACCAAAUAUUCCAACAACUCCGAAAGUAUCUUCACCUUUAAGUAAGCAUAGUAACUUUGUAUUUGAUCGAAACGUUAGUUUGAAAAGUGGCGAUAGUGUUAGCGACCACAGCAGUAACACUAAGAGUAAAACUAAGUUAUCGUCUUCUUCGUCUAAAUUGAAAAUCCUGGAUCGCGAGACUACUAGCCCAUAUGAAACUGCCAUAUUGGCUGGCAAUUCCUCAACUUCCUUACUGUCUGAUGAAGAUGUCACAAAUAGCACACAUCAACUGACCAUUCCUAAGAAUAGAUCACCUUUAUCUAAACGUGAUAACAAAAGUAAUUUUAGUGUUAAUAAUAAACCAAAUAUGAAGCUAAAUAUAUCAGAGGAUGAAUAUGAUACUACCGAUAAUAUUAUGAGACCAGAAAUGCUAACUCCUUAUUACACCCCAAGAGAAACAGCUGAAUUUAGCAAAAUCACCACUCCCAAAAGUCCUUAUGAGCAGUAUAAGACUCUUGAUGGCUUUUCAAAUGAUAAUGAUAAUAGUUUUGGUGUUGACAAUAAAUCUGCCGUCAUCGACUCACAGGAUAUGCCUGUUAUGACCGGAUCCAAGCUUGAUAUAAGCAGACAGUCAUAUGAUGAUACAACAACCAAUGAUGACUUUGAUGAAGAUGAUGAUAAUAAUAGUGUUAUUAAUAACGAUAUGAUCAAUCAAGAAACUUAUCACGAUAUCAGUAAAAACAAUGAAUACUUUACGCCCUCAUUAACUGUUGACCCUGAUUUCAAGUUCGAGGGUUCUACUUCUUCGAGGUCUGUAUCGCCAAUGAACAGUGAACGUUUAGAAAGUAUGAUUAUUAAUAACUACACAUAUCAAAGGCAGGAAAUUAAUAGAAAUUCCGACUUUAAUUCCAAGGAAAAUACACCGGCUUCUCAUCUAAAUAAUGAACUUAGGUUGAAAGAUAAGCUAGCACUCAAUGAAGCGAAGGACGCUAAUAAGGAGAAUGAGGAAGAAGAAGAAGAAGAGGAGGAGGAGGAGGAGGAGGAAGACGCCGAUGAUGAUAAAGUUAUAAACAACAAUAACCAUAUUCUAAAUGAUUUUCACAACUUAUCACGCACUUUAUCCACUUAUGCUUUAAAAGGCAAACAAAACUCACAAUUGAAGGUAUUUGAAAAAGAGACCUUACCCUUAAAUCUACCAGAUAUAAACAAAAGCGUGGGAAGUUUAAUAUCUGAAGAAAUAUUUGUUAGCGCUAAUAAUAGUGAUGCCUCAAGAUUUGGUGAGGAUAAAAAGUUUGAAAAAUCUUAUGAAUCUAAUGAUUCUAAAGAUUAUGAAACUGGUGGAAAAUACUUUCAAGGAGAAUUUUUUAAGAAUGACUCUAGUCUUUAUAGUGAUGAGGACGAAGAGAAUGUAUUUGAUGCUGAUUAUAUGGAAGAGAGUUCUAUUGCUGAUGUAGCUAAUCCAUCAAAACCCGCAAUUUUUGAGCCAUACCAAGAUAAUAGUUUAAAACCUGAGUUCAUUCAACCAUCUAAAACUGAUAUUAAUGUUUCUAGCAACAACAACAGUUUUACAAACAAUAAUUCAAGAUACAAAGAAAUGAAUCCAGAAAUAUCGAAUACUUCCAAGACAGGUGCUGAUACGAAUGCUUUUGUAAGUCAUGCAAAAGGUAGACCAAUUCCACCGGUCCAAAUACAAGCUUCUUAUAAGCCGAUAAAUGCCAGUCAUAUGGCCUCUAUGCCUCAGCACCAAAAGUUGAAAGUAGAGAUACCGGUCCAAAACAAUGUUAAUUUUGGCACAAUCAACAAUAAUCGUAUACCGCCACCGGCAACACUACAGCCGCAACGAACAUUACAACAAAAAGUUGAGUAUUCACCAACCAGCAAUAUCAACAAGGGUAAUAAGUUUAAUGCACCAGUCCCAAUGAGUCCGCAACAGGGUAGAGUAAAUAUGCACCCACAACAACAAAAACAGAUGGGGAACAGGCCAUAUCCGCCAUCUCUUAAUUCACCUCAACAGCAAUAUCCUUACGGAAAAAUGAAUUCACAAGUAAAUCAAGGUUUUAAUCGGCCAUAUGGACAACCAAUGGCACAAAAUCAUCAGCUGUACGGACAGGCGUCUCAACCCAAAUAUUCAGUAAACAGAAAACCUUUUGUUGCAUCUACUAACAAGAGUUUUAUACCACCACAAAACCAACAUGGAAAAGCACAUCUGGGUAACAAUAUGUAUCCGCAACAACGCCAGGGACAAGCACCCAUGGGUAACAAUAUGUAUCCACAACAACGUCAAGGACAAGCAUAUGUUAGUGGCAAUAUGUAUCCACAGUAUUAUCCUCCAUCAGGAAGUAACGGCGGAAGAUUACAACCGAUGAAAAGUAUGCCUACACCGCCUAUUAAGACAAACAGAAUACCUAUAACGCAUAAUAAUAAUAUGAAUAAUAAUUUUAACAAGAAUAAUGCCAAAAGUGGUACUGGCAGCGGUGUAUCUUCAGGAUUUUCUCAGUUCAUGCCACCUCCUUCUAAUGGCAAAAACCCAUAUGGUAAUUCAUGA